AUGGCGACCACAAAGAUGACCAAGAACCAAAUGAGGAGGGCCAAGAAGAAGGAGCAGAAAAAGGCCAAAGCAGAGAACGGUGAUAAAACAGAGGAAACUCCCAAGGAGCCUGAGAUUGAGACGACACCGCAAGAGAAGCCGGAUGAUACCUCCGAAAAAGAGCCGGCUGUCCAAGUCGAAGUGGACUCUCUCGAUGCGUACGACGACGAUCCUGCAUUCGCUGCCUACAAAGAGAUAUUCACAAGAUUCAACAUCAAUACCGGAGAUGAAGUCUCCAAGAACGAGAGUCAGGAGCAAAAAGGCACAGUGCUUUACAACGACGAUGACGAUAUCCCCGACGAAGACCAACAACCGAAGCUGUCCAAGAAGAAGCGCAAGGCGCUCAACACGCUCUCCGUCGCCCAGCUCAAGGCUAUAGCCGCCGUCCCCGAAGUCGUCGAGUGGCAAGACGUCUCCUCGACCGACCCCCGCGUCCUGGUGCAAAUCAAGUCGCAGCGCAACGUCGUGCCCGUGCCCGCGCACUGGUCCCUCAAGCGCGAGUACCUGUCGUCGAAGCGCGGCAUCGAAAAGUCGGCGUUUCGCCUGCCGCAGUUCAUCGCCGAGACGGGCAUCGCCGAGAUGCGCGACGCCGUGCUGGAAAAGCAGGCUGAGCAGUCGCUCAAGCAGAAGCAGCGCGAGCGCGUAGCGCCCAAGAUGGGCCGCCUCGACAUUGACUAUCAGAAGCUCUACGAUGCGUUUUUCCGCUUCCAGACCAAGCCCGAGCUGACGCGCUUCGGCGAGGUCUACUACGAGGGCAAGGAGACCGAGGUCGACUACCAGCACUUUCGCCCUGGCGACCUGUCUGAGGCUACCAAGGAGGCUCUCGGCAUGCCGCCCGGCGCGCCCCCACCGUGGUUGAUUAACCAGCAGCGGUUUGGACCCCCCCCUUCCUAUCCUACCAUCAAGAUACCCGGUCUCAACGCGCCGCCGCCGCCAGGCGGUGCCUGGGGCUUCCACCCUGGAGGCUGGGGCAAGCCUCCCGUCGACGAGUUCAACCGUCCCCUCUACGGCGGUGACGUGUUUGGUAUUACCGGCCAGCACGGCACUCAGACACAGUCCGCACAGCAGCUGGACCAGCUUGGCGUGCCCGCCGAGCGUACGCUAUGGGGUGAACUGCAACCGCGCGCCGAAGAGUCCGAGGAGGAAGAGGAGGAAUCCGACGACGAGGAUGAAGACGAGGACGACACCGGCGACGCCGCAGGACAAGAAGCGAGCGGCCUCGAGACGCCCAGCGGCUACGCUAGUACUCUCCACGGCGAAUACCCGCCACAGGGCACGGAGACGUUCAUCGCCGGCGAGAUGGAUCUCCGCAAGGAGCGCCGCGGCUACGACACGGAAGAGUCGUCCGCGCCGCGCUCCGCCUACACUGUGCUUCCCGAGCGGCAAGUGCGCGCGGAGGGUUUCUUCGGCAGCGACCGCGCCUACGACAUGGCCGCCGCGCAGCGGGCGGGCAUGCCUGUGCUUGGCGGCGCUGACGAGGACGAGUCGCGCAAGCGCAAGAAGCCCGGCGACGUGGACGUGGCAGUCGACGUGGACGCGCUCAACGACCGCGGUGGCCUGGGCAAAGACGAGCUGCGCAGGAGGUUCGAGGCCGGCACGCGCGAGGAGGGCAUUGGCGCGCAGUGGGCGGGCGGCCAGGACGACGACCUCGCCGAUAUGAUUGCCGAGGAGGGUCGCAAGAGGCAGCGGCUAGACAGGGAGCGCGUGGAGAAGAAGAAGGAAGGGAGACGACACUAA